GCGGGGCCGAUGCCAGUCGGGGACGAUCGUUUUCCGCGACCUGACAACGUUCUUGGCGGAUCGCGCGCGCGAAAUGAACCUGCUCGUCGUGCUGCCGCUGCUGCUGUUGCCGUUCGGCUGCUGCAAUUUCGCGUUGAACAACACAAAGUUCGAAGGCAAUCCAUACAAAAAACAUUUAUUCGACGAUCUUCUGAGCAACUACAAUCGGCUGAUCAGACCCGUACAAAAUCACUCGGAGAACUUGACAGUAUGGAUUGGUCUCAAGCUCACGCAACUUACCGAAAUGAAUCUCAAGAGUCAAGUGAUGACGACCAGCGUUUGGCUGGUCCAGAAGUGGUUCGACUGCAAUCUGAAAUGGAAUCCCAAAGAUUACGGCGGCUUAGAAGUGUUGUACGUGCCUUCCGAUCACAUCUGGUUGCCGGACAUCGUUCUGUUUAACAACGCCGACGGCAAUUACGAAGUGACCCUGAUGACAAAAGCGGUGCUCAAGUACACUGGCGAAGUCUUGUGGACGCCGCCAGCCAUCUACAAAUCUUAUUGUGAGAUUAACGUGCUGUACUUUCCAUUCGAUGAACAGAACUGCUAUAUGAUGUUUGGGUCGUGGACUUACAACGGACUUCAGGUAGAUUUGCGGCACAUCGACCAGUCGCAAGGAAGAAACCGCGUAGAUGUUGGCAUCGAUCUGAGCGAGUUCUACUUGUCCGUCGAAUGGGAUUUACUCGAAGUGCCCGCGAUCCGGAACGAAGAAUAUUAUUCGUGUUGUACGGAACCGUAUACGGACAUAACUUUCAACAUCAAAAUGCGGCGUAAGACCCUGUUCUACACCGUGAACCUAAUCAUCCCGUGCGUUGGAUUGACGUUCAUGACGGUCCUGGUGUUCUACUUGCCGUCCGACUCCGGAGAAAAGGUGACCCUGUGCAGUAACAUCCUCGUGUCGUUGACCGUGUUCUUCCUGCUGUUGGCCGAAAUCAUCCCUCCAACGUCUUUAGCCGUCCCGCUCCUCGGCAAGUACCUGUUGUUCACCAUGGUGCUGGUGUCCAUGUCGAUCGGCAUGACCGUGGUCGUGCUGAACAUUCAUUUCCGGUCUCCGUCGACUCACACUCUGUCGCCAUGGGUGAGGACCGUAUUUCUCCACAUGAUGCCGCAGAUCUUGAUGAUGCGACGACCUCCGUACUCGCUAAUGACUAACGAUGGAUUCCAGAGCUCACCUGGCUACUUCAACGAACUGGACUACAGCCGGGACAGCAUCAGUGACAGUGGCGGAACCGAACAAAAACCUUCAACCCUGACGCAGAGACACUGGUCCUUUAAGAAGAUUCAAUCGGUACAUCCGCACACUGUGUACCCGGAGAACGUGAUGCCGAAAACGAUGUCACCAGAUUUACUCAAGGCUUUACAAGGGGUCUGCUAUAUUGCUCAACACAUCAAAGACGCGGACAAAGACAAAGAGGUGAUCGAGGACUGGAAAUACGUGUCGAUGGUGUUCGACCGAUUCUUCUUGUGGGUGUUCACGUUGGCUUGCAUCGUGGGCACGUGCGCUAUCAUAUUCCAGGCACCGUCGCUGUACGACCAACGGCAGCCCAUCGACUUCCAGCUGUCCAGCAUACCACGACGUCGCAGCAACUUGGCGCUGCCGCACGAGAUCGACUUUUACGAACGUACGUACGGCGCGGAUUAA